GUUGAUAUAUUGAUUAGAAGCUUUAGUCAUAAUCUGUCUGUCUGUCUUUCUGUUUGUCUGUCAUAUCUGGUUGACAUUGUCGUUUUGAAAAGAAAGAAUUAACAUUAAAUAUGAGUGGCUUUCGUCUUCUUGAUUUAAUUAAAUUCUUUUUACCUAUUCUUCCUGAAGUUGAAUUUCCUUAUGAAAGAAUCAGUUUUGAUGAAAGAAUAGUCUUUACUGUUGGUUCAGGUAUUAUUUUCCUUUUUGGUCAAUUACCAAUUUAUGGUUUAGUAUCAAAUGCUCAAUUCAAAAUAGAAGAUCCAUUCUUUAAUUAUAGAAAUGUUUUUGCCAUGGAAAAGGGUAGUCUUUUAGAAUUAGGUUUAUUACCUGCUAUUACUGCUGCUUUUAUUUGGCAAUUAGCUGUUGGAUUAAAAUUAAUUAAUGUUAAUUUAGGUUUAGUUCAAGAUCGUGAAUUAUUUCAAUCAGGUCAAAAAUUAACUAGUUUCUUAUUAGCCAUUGGUUAUGCUGCUGGUUUAAUUUAUUCUGGUUAUUAUGAUAGUGUUAUUCAAGGUUAUGAUCCUUUAACUGAUGGAUUACCAAUUGGAUGGUACGUUUUUAUCUUUUUCCAAAUUGUUGGUUGGUCAUUCUUUACAACUUUAUUAAUUGAAAUCUUUGAUAAAGGUUAUUCCUUUGGUUCUGGUAUUUUAUGUUUCUUAACUUUACAAACUGCCACUAAUUUUGUUAGAGAUUUAGUUGGUCUUGAAAUUUUCCCAAUCAUUAAUUCAAAUAAAUCAGAAAGUUAUGGAGCUUUAUUCAAUUUAAUUAGAAGUUUCUCUUUUGAUUUAACUGUAUUAAAACAAAAUAUUCUUAAUGCAUUUACCAGAAGUCAAUUCCCAAAUUUAACACAAUUUUACAUUUCCCUUCUUAGUAUUUUUGUGGUUAUUGGUUUACAAAAUUUUAGAAUUGAAAUCCCAAUUAGAUCUACUAAAGUUAGAGCUAUGAAUAAUGUUUAUCCAAUUAGAUUAUUAUAUUGUGGUGCCUUACCUUUAUUAUUCACAUAUACAAUUAUUACCAACAUUCAAAUCUUUGGAUAUUUCUUAGUUAAUAUCUUAACUAAAUUUAACAUUUCUUCUGAAUUAGUGGCUUUAUUAGGAAAAUAUCAAAUUGAAGCAUUUUCAAAUGAUUUACAAUUAAAAUCAGGUGUUUUAUUUUAUCUUUCAAAUUCUUCAACUUUCAUUUCUUCAAUUUUAAGUCCAAUUAGAUCUGUUAUUUACGUUGCUUUUGUUGUCAUCAUUUCUACUUGGUUUGCUCAACAAUGGAGUUACAUUUCAGGUGCUUCUCCAAAGGAUACAUCUAAGCAAUUCAAAGAACAAGGAAUUUCGAUUGCUGGUAAGAGAGAUGUUUCAAUAACUAAAGAAUUAUCAAGAGUUAUUCCAGUUGCAGCAGUUUCUGGGGCCUUUUCAUUAAGUGUCUUAGCAGUUGCUGGAGAAAUCCUUGGAGGUUUAGGUAAAGGUGUUUCAAUCAUUGUUGGUGUUUGUUCAGCUUUUGGUAUCUUAGAAGAAUUCAUGAUUGAAUAUCAACAAACUGGUGGUAACUCUCAAUUCUCUGGUGCCUUUGGAGGAUUAUAAUUAUAAUUUAAUUUAAUUUAAUUUAAU